UAAAUCCUUAUACAUUUUUUAUAUAACAAAUUUAUUAGCCUUGGUUAAUUACUUCAUAAUUUUUAAAUCUUUAUAAUAAUUUAUGACCUUUAUAAAUCAUAAUUCAUUGUUUUAUUAACUCUGAAGCUGAGAAUCUAUAUAAGCCUUGGUAAACACUUUUACAUUGUUUGCAAACUCUUAUAACUGAUUAUAUAACACUUUAUAAACCCUUAUAUAUACAUUUUUAUGGUGUUCAAGAAAAAUAUAUACAUUGUUAUAUACAUCUUAUAACUGAUUUUAUAAAUUCUUGCAAGUACUUAAUAAUGCUUCAUAAAUUAUUUUUAAAAAACUUUAUAAAUUCUUAUAUUUUGUUUAUAUAAAAGGAAAUCUUCAAAUAUUCCAGGAUACGGUCGAAUUAAAUAUAAAUCUCACCAAUGAUUACCUAUAUAAAAGAACUUAAAGCCGUAAGAGAAAAUGCUAUUGAUAUAAGCCUUUUAUCAAAAAAAAAAAAUCUAUUGAUAUGGACUACUUUUAAUACAAGCAUGCAGCUAAAACUGUAUAUAUAUGGUUCAUACUAAAAACGUUAUAUUCCUUUUAGUAAGAUCAAUAAGCAUAUAUAUUAUCCAAUUAUUUUAUUUUUGAUAUUGGACUAAGUAAAACUUAAAUAUAUUAAUUUUUAUAAUUCAAAACUAAUCCCAAACUCAAACAACACACCCCAAAACUUUAGUUGGCCAACGUAUAUUGUUAAAGGUUGUUUUCCUUUGAACAGGUCGACGUAGUAAAGAAAUAUAAUAACUCCGACAAACUUGCAACUCGUUUAUUGCAAUUGUAGCCUCUUCUACUAGUUCAAGUCUGAUCCUAUUUUUCAUCUAUUACAUCCAAUUACAGCUCUAUUAUUCCAGCAUUUGAGAUUUUAUCCAACAGUUUUGUGAUUGUUUCAGCUAAUUCUCUUUCAUAUGUUUAAAACUCUUAAAACUCCAGAUUCACCAGUCACUAAAAUUUUCAUUUUCUCAAAUAAAAAAUCUCCAUUUGAUCUUUUUGUUUAAAUUAAUCUAAAAAAUGACUUCCAAUGGUGAAGAAAUCGAAGAAGAAGAAAUAUCAAGAAUUGAGAAAGGCCAAGCCAAAAAUUGCCAUGGAGGAAUCGAGACAGUCAUAUGUACUUCUCCAAGUAUUGUUUGCCUUACGCAAAAGUUGAUAGCCGAGAUGAUAGGGACGUACUUUGUAAUAUUCUCUGGAUGUGGAGUGGUGGUAGUGAAUGUAUUGUACGGUGGAACAGUGACGUUCCCGGGGGUAUGUGUGACUUGGGGUCUCAUUGUUAUGGUUAUGAUUUACUCUACUGGUCACAUCUCCGGUGCACAUUUCAAUCCGGCCGUCACCUUAACUUUUGCUAUUUUCCGGCGAUUUCCCUGGUAUCAGGUACCAUUGUAUGUAGGUGCACAACUUGCAGGAUCGUUACUAGCCAGUUUGACAAUAAGACUAAUGUUCAAAGUAACACCUGAAGCUUACUUCGGAACAACUCCAACUGAUUCGGCGGCACGAGCGCUCGUUGCGGAGAUCAUUAUCUCAUUUCUUCUCAUGUUCGUUAUCUCCGGCGUUUCAACUGAUAGUCGCGCGAUUGGAGAAUUAGCUGGAAUUGCGGUAGGGAUGACUAUAAUGUUAAAUGUUUUUGUGGCCGGACCGAUUUCAGGAGCAUCAAUGAAUCCAGCGAGAAGUCUAGGACCAGCAAUUGUGAUGGGAGUUUACAAAGACAUAUGGGUUUACAUUGUAGGUCCCAUCUCCGGAGUUAUGGCCGGAGGUUUUGUUUACAACUUUAUCAGGUUUACUGAUAAGCCACUUCGAGAACUCACCAAGAGUGCGUCUUUUCUCCGUAGCAUCUCUCCAAAACAAUAAUUCGACGAGCUAAUAUUUUAUUAGUUCCAGAUAUGUAUGUAUAAAUUGAUAUCUUUCACUAAAUGAAAACAGACUCCAUUUUCAAAAUUUGGCAAUGAAAUACAAUUUUUUCAUUAAUCGUACUUU